CCUUUAUAUUUUAUAAACGAUCAAAAUGUAUGUAUUUGACCCACAAUGUACACUGUAGAGUUACAUCUAUAUGGAAAGGAUUUAACUGGAGUUUUUCUGUUGUUUUAAUAAAGAAUUGUAGGUGUAUACAGUUCUUCCGAUGGAUAUACAUGGGAAUUUACCCUUUUUGUUAUGUUUGACAGUGCUCUUAAUUAAUGUUUGUGGAGCAUUCUCAAAACCAGAAUUUAACGUAGAAAAAACAAACAUAACAGUGUUGGAAGGCGGAACAGCCAUUCUACCAUGUGCUAUUGUAAACCUUGGUGAUCAUAAGGUGGUGUGGACUAACAUGCAUGCCAUCUUGUUGACGUAUCAAGACCGGCGUCUGAUAGAUGACACUCGCAUUAGUGUAGAACGCCCAUAUAGUCAAGACUGGAAUUUGCAUAUACGUGAUGUACUAUACACAGACCGUGGCAGAUACAGCUGCAGUAUCAACACAAACCCUGUUAUGAAUACAACUGUAAACUUAGAUGUCAAAGUGCCUCCCAAAAUCAUAGAAGAGUUGUCGUCGAGUGGAUACCAAACUGUUGAAGAGGGGAGGAACUUAGAUUUAGUGUGCAAUAUGACUGGCGUGCCUGAACCAGUAGUAAAGUGGUACUUCGUGUCUACAUGGUCUAGGGAACUGGUAGAAGUUGUACAAUCUUCGGGAGAUGUUUUUACAAUUCAAAACGUGUCUAGAUAUGAUGACGGCACAUAUAAAUGCGUUGGAUCAAACGGACUGGAAGUAGCUGUCAGCAUGGAAAUUAAUGUGAAUGUUCAAUUUGCUCCAAAAGUUAAAUUAUCUACAAAGUAUCCUGGAAGGGACACCACUCUUGAAUGUUUAAUUACCGCAAAUCCAUUGCAUGAUAUUACUUGGAUGAAGAAUGGCAGCAGCAUUUCAUUAUAUGAUAGUUCAAAAUACCAGUUGGAAGAGUACCGUGAAGAUAAAAUACACUCAAAAACAGCCUACCUGCGUAUCAUGGAUUUGCAGCAUGACGAUUAUGGCGAAUAUAUCUGUUUCUCAAAGAAUUACCUAGGACAGGAUCAGGCUUCUGUUAUUUUGAAAGAAGCUUAUAUGGCUGAAACAACAACCACGCCAACAAUGGAAACAACUGGGGAACAAGUCACUGUAACAUCAAGUACACCCAGAGAUAGAGAAAACGCCACAGAGAGGAAUAAUAAGACAGCUACACCUCCAAGUGAAGCGAUGAUAGAGGCGGCUCAACUGGAGUACUACCGAGAACAGAUCUUGACAAACAGGAAAUGGCGACAAUUGAUGGAUACCGAGAAAACAUUCUAUGAAGCCAUUAUUAAAUUUCUUCAGCAAAAAGAGAAAGAAAACCUUCAAUGAAAACUACAUUUUUAUUAGCUGGAUGACAAUAAGUAGAUCAGCUAUUUUAUCGUAACAUUAUUGCUUCUCGUAAAAGGUUUUUUGAAAAAGAGCUUGAUGCUGACAAUGUCAAACACUUUUUCCGAAUGUCAUAUAUCUACAUUUUACGUACAUUUGAAACCACCUUUUGUUUCAUAUUGGAACAUGUAUGGAAGUCUCCAUCAUGUAACGUCUCUAUUCCAUGGACACUUGAAGCUCUAUAUUAAUAAAUGUAUAUGCAUUAUCGUAUAAGUUA